ACCUUCAGGAUUAAAUGUACUACUUCAGUCCCGCGGUAUAUAAUGUACUAUUGCCUUUCAGUUGCCAGAUGACGCUAGUCACCUACUCCAUAAACGUCAGUUGCAAUGCGGGGAUAAGCUUUCGGAUUUUUGUCACUUCGGGCAGAGAGCAGCAGACCUAUGCCUCUCUGAUAAUGACUCCAAAUAGAGUCGAAAAUCGUCGAUUUAGAGUGCUGAUCUGCACUCCCUGUUCUAAGUGAAAAAUAAGACGGUUUUGCCUUCGCAUUGCAACUGAAUAAAAAUGAAAUUUUUAUUUUAUUUUUCUAAUAUAUAAUAUCUAGCUUGGAAAUGCCACAAGAAAACAGUUUCAGAAACUUUUUCAGCAAUAGUUAUGUGCCUCCUGUUACCAAAACUUUGAGGAGGUUAGACACACUGUACAAGAAAUUGACACAGGACGCGAAUGCCAUAUAACUGCUACUCCAGUGCUAGACAACAACAUUAUUCCCAAAGUCUUGAAGCUAAGGCGAUCCUAUUUAAGCAGAGGAUUGGAUAGAAUUAUACAGGUUGCCGUUUUCCUGCCUGCAUCAUAUCCUGUAUGAUUUGACUAAUACACUACCAAUGAAACCAAAGUGCAACAGUGUAUUUUUCGACGCGGAAAUUUUUGAAGAUAAUUAAAUAUGAACACGUUGUAAAUAUAGCAUUACCUAAUUGAAAGUUUGAAGUUAUUAGCAGAGACUUUAUAUCCUAAUUAUGGAUAAAAAUGAUAUUGAGUUACAUGAGGUGAAAUAUAUACCUUCUGAAGAACAAAAUGUACAACUGAAACCCGAAACUGAGAAAAAGAAGCCGGAUACUCUGUUUUUGUAUUUUACAGUAUUUACAGCAAUCUCAACAUGGCUUGUUGGAGGAACUACAAUAGUUUGGCCGUCAUCAGCAAUUCUAAAACUAAAAUCCAACGACACCAACAUAAACCCAUUAGGAAAGCCUAUAUCAACAGUGGAGAUAUCGAUGCUUUUAGGAAUUCCAGGGCUUGUAGGAAUUCUAGGAUCUCUUCUAUUUCCAAAGCUAGCUGACCUUAUCGGAAGAAAAAGAAGUUUACAAGUUGUUGGAUUCUUAAUGUGCGCAUCCAUUGCUGGGGCAGCUGUAUCCACUAGUAUAGAUAUGUUAAUUGUUUUUAUCACUUUAGUUCAAUUCUUUUUCUGUGGUGCUUGGGGAAUACUGCCCAUUUAUUUGACAGAAGUUUGUGAAGACCACAACAGGGCUAAGUUUGGAUGUUUUAUGAGUGUAUGUGUACCACUUGGUCAACUUUAUGGAUACUGUGUCGGACCUGUAUUCUCCUUUCGAAUAUAUACUUUAUUAACAAUAGCACCUAUGAUUCCCUUUUUAUUAUUUUUUUAUUUUGCUCCUGAAAGCCCAGUAUAUAUUCUAUCAAAGGGAAGAAAAGAAGAAUGUUUAAGUGCUUUGAGAAAAUUACGAAGAAAUAAAUCCAAGAUAGAGUUAGCAGCAGAUUUAAAUAAAAUUAAUCAAGACUUAUCUUUAGAAAGACAGUCUAAAGGAAUUGACAUUUUAUGUUUAUUUAGCACGAAACAAACACGAAUUGGUUUAAUGUUGGGAUUGAUUCCUAUCACAGUGCAACAUUUGUCAGGAGUUCCAGUUUUGAUGCCAUUAUUGGCUCCAAUUUUAAACGAAUCCGGAUCUAACCUUUCUGGAAACACAAUAGCUAUAAUAGUAGGAUGUGUAAAAGUAACUACCUUUACCUUCACAUCUUUGGUAAUAGAAAGAGUAGGAAAAAGGCCUCUUUUACUCAUAUCUUCCAUAGGCGCCGGAAUCUCAAUAUCGUUUUUAGGAUUAUUUUUUUAUUUAAAGUACAUAGGAUCAAGUUUUGUUAUUCAAUUUCAGUGGAUACCACUUGUUUGUCUUUUGGGAUACUUUAUAUCUUACUCCUUAGGUCUUGGUCCUAUGUCACCUGCAGUCAUCGGUGAAAUGUUUACUCCCGAUUUGCGGUCAGCGUCUUCGUCUUUUAUAAUGACGACAGCAAGUCUUACAUUAACGUGCUAUAUUUCAGCAUAUCCUCUAGUUGCUGAAGCUGUCGGGAAUCAUUGGUGUAUGUGGAUGUUUGGUUCUACUUGUUUGCUAGGGGCAUUAGUUAUUUAUUUGCUAUUUCCUGAAACUAAAGGGAAAAGUAUUGUUGAAAUUCAAGAAAUACUAAGAAAUUACUCUUUUGUAAAAAAGUCAAGAUAAAAAUUUAACCAUAUUUCAGUACCUAUUGAAAAAGUCCCGAAACCGGUAUAGACGCUUGCUGCACUCUCUGAUUGAACUCGAAUAUAAUGCUGCCGCGUUUUCGGGUUGAAACGAAAAUGAAAAUGUUUAUACAUUUUUAAUAUCUUCUUCUUCUACUACUUUUGCCCUUUAAUUCGUCCAAUUUUGAACAUAGGCUUCCCCCAGUUUCCUCCAUUCGCUUCUGUUUAGUGCUUUCUGUUUCCAGUGCGUUCCUCCUAUCUUUUUAAUGUCGUCUCCCCAUCUCAUCUGGGGUCGUCCUCUUGCUCUCUUUCCUGUCCAUGGUCUCCAUUUUUGUAUCGUGGUAUUCCACCUAUUGUCCGUUUGUCUAGCGUUAUGACCUGCGAAGCUCCAUUUUAGCCUGGCUAUAUGUUGUUCUGCGUCUUUGACUUUUGUUUUAUUUCUUACCCAGUUGUUUUGCUUUUUGUCUGUCAAUUUUACUCCUAACAUUGCUCUCUCCAUGGCUCUUUGUGUCUUCAUUAUUUUAUCCAUGUUUGCCUUGGUCAAGGUCCAUGUUUGGCAUGCGUAUGUGAGAAUUGGGAGUAUGCACUGGUCAAACACUCUUGUUUUUAAGUAUUGUUGUAUUUUUUUAUUCUUUAGGACCCAUUUUAAUUUUCCAAAUCCUGCCCAGGCUAAUCUGACCCUUCUUUUUACCUCCGCUGUUUGGUUAUCCUUAUUUAUCUUUAUCAUCUGUCCCAAAUAUAAUAUAAUCAUUAACCGCUUCUAUUGUGGUGUCGUUUAGUAUUACGUUUCUAUUAUCUUGUGUGUUUGUCAUUGUUUUUGUUUUGGCAAAAUUAAUUUUUAGACCUAUUUGUUCGGAUUCAUUUGGUAGUUCGGUUAGCAUGGUUUGUAGUUCUUCAAAACUUGAUGCUAUGACUACUACAUCGUCUGCAUAUCUUAGGUGGUUUAGUUUCUUUCCACUCAUGUUUAUUCCCAUGUUUGUCCAUUCCAUUGUUUUAAAAACAUCUUCCAGUGCUAAUGUAAAUAGUUUAGGAGAAAUAACCUCUCCCUGUCGCACUCCUCUGUUAAUUGGUAUGGGUUUUGUGGUUUCUUUCAAUUGUACUGUCAUUUUUUCUUUCUUAUAUAUAUUAUGUAUUACCAUUCUGUAUCUGGAAUCUAUUCUACAGUUGUUUAUAGCUUUUUCUAUUUCCCACAUUUCCACGCUGUCAAAUGCUUUUUCGUAGUCAACGAACGCUAAGUUCAGAUCUAUAUGGUAUUCGUUAGCUUUUUCUAUUAGUGUCCUAAUUGUUAGAAGAUGGUCAGUGGUGCUAUAUCCCUUUCGGAAUCCUGCUGCUCUACUGGUUGAUACGAGUCCAAUUUGUGUGUUAGCCUGUUGUUGAUAAUCCGCAUGAAUAGUUUAUAUGUCUACGACAGCAGUGAGAUGGGUCUGUAAUUUUUAUGUCCUUUCUGUCGCCUUUCUUAAAUAGCAGGAUUGUAAGACUUGCGUUCCAUUCGUCGGGUAUUUCUCCUUUAUGUAGACACUGAUUAAAUAGAUUUCUUAAUGUUUGUAAGAUUUCUUUUUUCCUUUCUUUCAAUAUUUCAACAAGGAUUCCAUCUGGUCCUGGUGCUUUGUUGUUCUUUAAUUGUGAUAGUGUUGCUUCUAUUUCAUAAUUUUCUAUUUUUGGUAAUGUUUCUGAGUUUACAUUCGUGAUUGUUUUCUUGAUAUAUUCCUGAGUGUUAAAGUUUGCGUCUUUCUUUGAGGUGUAUAGUUCUUUAUAAAACCUUUCUACUUCUUCUGAUAUCUUAUCUUUUCUCCUCUCUUCCCGUUCUGUUUCAUCCUUUAUUGAAAUGAGUAGUGGUUUCCCUAAAUUUGGUCCUUAUUUCUCUCAAUUACUUUCACGAUUUCAUUUUCAGUGUGUUUUCUUAGAUCCUUUCUGGUUUUUCCCUAAUAAGUUUGUUUAGUUCUACGUAUUCUACUGUGUUUCUUUUGUUUUCGCUUAUUAGUUUUCGUAUACUUUCCAUUAACUUAACUGUCCCGCUACUUAAUCUAUUUUCUUUUGUUCUUAGUUUUUUGGCAGUUUUCAUUCCCGCUUCCAAGAGUUUUUCUUUCAUUUCUUCAUUAAUCUUCUGCUUCUGCAUUAUUCUUCUGCGUUUUGUCUUAUUCUGCUAUGGUCAAUAGCCGUUGGUUUUCUUCUAGAUUUCUGCGUCUCUAGUUUGCUUAUUUCUAUUUUGGCUCGUAGUAUGCGGUGGUCGCUGCCAGUUGAGAAUUUAUUAAGUGAAGUUACGUCUUUGAAGAUUUGUUUAUUUUGGCAGAGGAAGUAGUUUAUUUCAUUUUUUGUCAUCCCAUUUGGGGAGACCCAUGUCCAUUUUCGGUUUGGCUUCUUAUUAAAGUAUGUAUAUAUUGCAUGAAGGUUUUGUUGUUCCAAAUAUUCUAGUAGUCUUUCACUCCUAAUAUUCCUUGAUCCAAGUCCGUAAUUUCCUAUUUUGUUUUCUGAAUCUUCCAUUUUCUUUCCGAUUUUUUCGUUAAAUUCUCCCAUAACGAUUGUUGAUUUUAUAUUUUUGUCUUCCAUUGCAGUGGUGAUGUCAUCAUAAAAUUUAUCAAUUUCUUCCUCCUCAUGUGUCGUUGUUGGAGCAUAUAUUUGUAUUAGUUUCAUUCUUGUCUUCCUGUUAAUUUCUAGUAUGAUAUAUCCUACGCUAUCUGAUAUGCUCUUAUACUCGAUUACGUUUUGUUUAAUUUUCUCUUUGAUCAGAAAUCCUAUUCCUCCAUAUGUUUCGUCCUCCUUUCCUUUGUAAUAGAGGCGAUUUCCUGAUUCUAGUUCUAUACACAUUUCUCCUCUUCUUUUGACCUCUGACAAUCCUACAAUGUCCCAUUUGAUUUUAGUUAAUUCCUUUUCGAGUUUGUACAGCUUUUCAUCUUGAGCCAUGGAUCUGAUAUUAUAUGUCGCUAUGUGUAUUCUGUUGCAUUCCUUCUUUUUCCGUUUUCUCUUAUUUGUUCUUGUCGAGCUUUUGCCUCCCCCAGAAUCCAUGAGGCUGAUCGGUUUCCCGAUGUGGGACUCCGGAUUUCUCCUACCCAUCUGGGGUCCAUAUCCGCUUUGUUGUAAGUUCGACAUUAUUAGUUUGGGGAAAAUAGCCUUAAAACACCAAGCUGGCCAGGCGGGUUGGUUAGUUGUAGGGAUCACAUUUCCUUGACUCCCUGUAACUGUUGUAUGGUUAUCCCGCUCAUACUCGGUCGCCAGAGCCUCGUCUGUUAUGUAUAAGGAGGCACCGGGUGGGUAAUUUUAGACUACCACUCGUGCAGGUGAGGUUGACUUUUGGAUCGAUUGAUGUAUUGUUCUUAAGUCCGAUCCCUUACCUCCCAUUUUUAAUAUAAUAUAAUUAAUUUACUCUAUUUGCAGAACGUAGGGAACCGUCUCGUUAGAGCUUUUACCACGCUGAGCAAAUGGGAUGCGAAUUAUAAAUUUUAAAAUUCCCCCAUCUUCCUAUAGUCUUGGCCUCCGUAUGGCUUGUAUUUUUUAGAAGUCUCGGAGGCUGUUACCAGAGAAGGUUUCCACUGUUUUCAAUCUGAUGGGACGUAAAAUAAUAUUUUAAUAUUAUUUUAUGUGUUGUUAGAUUGAAAACUUAGUCCUUUUCUUGGCAGAUGUCGCUAUGGCAUUCUAGCCAUUUAGUUUGUUGCAAUUAAAGACUGUACGCGUCAAAGUAUCCUGGUUCAGUCAGAGAGAAGAGCAUAUGUAUGUAUCCACUGACGAAGAGCGAAAAAGUCCCGAAACCGGUAUAUAUGCUUGCUCUGCACUCUCUGAUUGAACCAGAAUAUAAUGCUGUAAUAAUUUUUAAUGUAUUCCUAUUUUAUUGUCGUGAUUAUGUUCCCCUAUUGAUCUUGCAGUUUGCUAGUUGUCUUAAAUUUCUGAAGACCACCAGCUUGUUUCCACCUUUUCACCCUAACAACUAUAUAUGUCUUCACACUGUGAUUUUAAUCAUUUUUCUUUAACCUUUUGUAUUACGAGUCUUACCUAUCUCUGAAUACUGUUAUAUACCUAUUAUUUUGUUGUUCUUUGAUUUUCUUGUUUCUUCCAUAAGUUGAAGCAUAUUGUCAUUUAUGCAAAUUUUCUCGUCUCUUUCUUUUCUAUUAGAUGUUCUUUCUGAUCGUGUUAAAGGUUACACAAUAUUUUGGAAUGAUUCUUCGGCAUUAUAAUAUGUUUUCUCCAUGUUACUUAGCGUCUCUAAAAGAAUAUAUAUGCGACUACCUCUUUGGUUUUCUUAGCUUUUAGUUUUCUCACAACUCACCUUUGGUUACUAUUGUUUAUAUUGCCAUAAUAUGUGCUUUCGAAGUAUAUGAAGAGACAAUGUGUGUCGAUGUUAUAAUCUCUUUUUUUGAGGAUCUAUCGUAGAACGAUUAUUUGGUCUAUUAUUUACUUCUGCCUGCCAAAACUGUAAAAUAUACCAUUUUGUAUUUAGCACAAAAUUGUACUGUGAUAAUAAGAUGUACUAUUCCUUUCUCAUCGUGUAAGUUUUAUAAUAAAAUAUAAUAGUGAA